AGGCUGAAGAAAGUGAAAUGUUUGUUGCUCCAACAAGAUGGUUACUUUUGCAAGAUACAACAACUAAUAAUUCAUCUCAAAUAAAUUUAAAAAAUCAGUUUGACGGCUUAGGAAUUUUUCCUGACAGUGAAUUAUACCUUGCACAGAGAUUAAAAAAUGAUUCAAUCAAUAUACUAUCUAUUUACCGGCCUAGCAUGUACGUGAACUUGAUUUUUGAAUACCGAGGAAAUUGGGACGCUUUGAACGGUGUAAAUUUUGUGGACUCAAUACCUGCCUCGCAGCGAAGAAGGAAUCUUCAUUUAACCCCCCUAAAAACGUGUCUCGUGUUGGUUAAUCCAGACACAUUAAAUCAUUUAACGGAUUACAAAGAUAAGAGGAUUGACGCUGUUACCAAAGCUAACUACAUAUGGAUGAUGCAUCUUGUUAAUCGCAUUAAUGCCACAGUAACAUACACAUGGCGAAACACUUGGGGUUAUCAAGACCAAAAUGGAACAUGGAGUGGAAUGAUUGGAUUGUUGGAUCGGAAUGAAAUCGACUUUGGUGGAACAGCGACAUUCCUGAUAAAACAAAGGAUCGGCGUAAUAGAAUACUUACACCUUUAUACACCUGUCGGAUCUAAAUUUGUAUUCCGCAAACCUCCACUGUCUUAUGUGAGUAAUUUAUUCACUCUACCAUUUGGGCGCGCAGUUUGGUAUGCUAUUGCCGUAAUGACGUGUGUUAUCUGCGGAUUUUUGUAUAUUACUUUGAAAUGGGAGUGGAAAAAAACACUAGAGUCCGAAGAAGAUACCCGACAUCCUGACGACUUGCAAAAGGAUCCUUCAUUAAGUGACGAUUUAUUAAUUCUCUCAAGCGCGAUUUUUCAACAAGGAUUGUCAUACGAACCACGGACAAUUUCGUCAAGAAUAAUAACAUUAAUGUUACUUUUAGCAGCGUUGAGUCUCUAUGCAUCUUACACGGCAAAUAUUGUCGCUCUUUUACAGUCAACAUCUAAUUCAAUAAAUACUUUAAAGGAUCUCAUACAAAGUGGAUUAAAAUUUGGAAUCUACGAUAUUGUUUACAAUCGAUAUUAUUUUGGAGCACUAGAUGAUCCGAUACGGAGGGAAUUUAGAGAACGUUUUGUAACAAAUAAAUCUUCAAUAUGGCUAACUAUGGAAGAUGGGAUUGAAAGAGUGAGAAAAGGAUUAUUCGCAUUCCAUGUUGACACUGCGGCUGGGUAUCAAUUGAUGCAAGAGACUUAUGACGAAGACGAAAAAUGUGGAUUACAAGAGAUUGAUUAUAUGGGUGUACUUGAUCCAAUGCUUAUUAUUAAGCGGAGAUCUCCUUAUCGCGAAAUAUUUAAAGUUGGAUCACUUUGGUUACGCGAAGCUGGACUACAACAACGCGACACACCAAGAUUAUUUACCAAAAAACCAGUUUGUGUAGGUCAGACCAGUUUUAUAAGUGUUGGAACAACAGAAUGUUAUGCCGCUUUUUACACUAUUAUUUAUGGAGUUGCUAUCGCAUUUGGAGUUUUAUUUAUUGAAAUUAUUUACCACAGAUGCCGUGAAAGUAAGAAUGAUGAUUCUUCUGAAAGUGAGAACGACGUUGAACAACAUCAACAAUCAAGACAGACUUCUGGAGAAUCAUUAGAAGCUAUCGAAUAAAAUUUGUUGUAGCAAAUCACUAAUAUCAA